AGUCCUUACACUCCACAAAAAAAAAAAAAAAAUGGCAGCAGAAAUGGCAUUGGUAAAACCUAUAUCGAAGUUCGGCGCCACCGCCUCUCCGCGGCUGAGCGGCGGGCGGAAACUGGCACCGUUCAGCGUGAGAAUGUCGAGCGCCACCGCUUCGAAGGCGGCGGCGGCCACCGGCAACAAGGGAUCGAAGAAGGGGAUCAAGGAGACGCUGCUGACGCCGAGGUUUUACACGACGGAUUUCGACGAGAUGGAGACGCUGUUCAACACGGAGAUCAACAAGAACCUGAACAAUUCCGAGUUCGAGGCGCUGCUCCAGGAGUUCAAGACGGAUUACAACCAGACUCACUUCGUGAGGAACAAGGAGUUUAAGGAAGCCGCCGACAAGAUUCAGGGCCCUCUCCGUGAUAUCUUUGUCGAGUUCUUGGAGAGGUCUUGCACUGCUGAGUUCUCCGGCUUUCUUCUCUACAAAGAGCUCGGUAGGAGGCUCAAGAAAACCAACCCUGUGGUUGCAGAGAUAUUUUCUCUCAUGUCUAGGGAUGAAGCUCGCCACGCUGGGUUCUUGAACAAGGGAUUAUCUGACUUCAACUUGGCAUUGGACUUGGGUUUCCUGACAAAGGCCAGAAAGUACACUUUCUUCAAGCCCAAGUUUAUCUUCUAUGCAACAUACCUCUCUGAGAAAAUUGGCUACUGGAGAUACAUUACCAUAUACAGACACCUCAAAGCCAAUCCCGAGUACACAUGUUAUCCGAUUUUCAAAUACUUUGAGAACUGGUGCCAGGAUGAGAACCGCCAUGGGGACUUCUUCUCUGCUCUGAUGAAGGCACAGCCUCAGUUCCUUAAUGACUGGAAGGCUAAGUUGUGGGCUCGCUUCUUCUGUCUUUCGGUUUACGUGACAAUGUAUCUCAAUGACUGUCAAAGAACUGCUUUCUAUGAAGGCAUUGGACUUAACACUAAAGAAUUUGACAUGCAUGUUAUCAUUGAGACAAACCGCACCACAGCUAGAAUCUUCCCCGCUGUGCUUGAUGUUGAGAACCCGGAAUUCAAGAGGAAGUUGGACAGGAUGGUGGAGAUUAACGAAAAGAUACUUGCAGUUGGGGAGAGCGACGACAUUCCUUUGGUGAAGAAUUUGAAGAGAAUCCCUCUUGUAGCUGCGCUUGUGUCUGAAAUACUUGCUGCCUAUCUCAUGAAACCUGUUGACUCGGGUUCUGUUGAUCUUGCAGAGUAUGAACCGCAGCUCGGGUACUAAUUAAUCUCUUUUCUUUCCUUGUUCUGGGUUGAAAUUGGGAAACUCAGCCGGUUUUCUUUCCAUUGCAUUGAGAAAUAUUUAGUGCAUGAAACUGGAGAAACACUGUUAGAACAUUACCUACAUUGUAUUUUCUUGUAUAAUUCAUAGUAUGAGUUUCUGAAA